UCUGGGCAUCAAAAGAAAAAAGAAAGAAAAUUGAAUAAGUGGUAUUAAUCACAAAAAAGAAAACAAAAAUAAAAUAUCGCAAAAAAAUUAAAUGCUAAAAAGUGGAAAAUAACGUUAUUUUAUGAAAAAUCGAUUUCUCACCCCGCCCGUUUUUCAUUCUACGUGACCAUACAUAGCCACAUACAUAUUUGAUUUAAUAUUCAUGUAAAAUUUGCAAAGGUCAAACACGUGAAAAGGCUUAAAGUGAAGCGAGGAACGUUGAAGAGUAGCACAGCUAAAAGUAGAACGGUUUACUUUAGCUCGUUGAGGUUUGCUUUAUUAAUUCGGUGCGGUGUGGAAGCAGGAAGUGGUGUACUUGUCAGCGCUGCUCUUUUUUAUUUCCAUCACUCUGUCACAUACAGACAAACCGUAGUGUGAAAAGUGAUUUAUUUCUUGGUUUAAACGCCGUUUUCCUUACCUCAUUUCUAUUUUUUGCUUUUUGGUGAUAAUCUCCCGGAGCUUGAUUGUUCACACCGCUAAACAUACACGUGUAUGUACAUAGGAAAUCCAUAUUAACAGCAAGACCCGUGCCAUUACUACGAGAUUUGCCUUGGCAAUCAAAGUGUUUUCCGAUAUCGUGAGCCAUCGUACGUGUCAGAGCCAGCAGUGUUGCUGUUGUUAAAUUCCAAAACAGUUACCAGUGUCGGUGUUCAACAAUAAAUAGAAAAAAAUCGAAAAUCAGAGAAAAGCACGCUAGCGAAAACACACACACAUGUUAGUUAGAACAGUGCAUGGAGAUAGGCGAAAGCGGUAAUUGAGUCUCGUGUGGAAGUGGAAGUGUAAUUGGAAGUGGCCUCAAGUGAACAGUGACCGGUGGGAAAGUUCAAAAUCUAACUGAGCAGCUGUUAAAAUAAAUAUUGCAGUCGAACGAACGAACGAACUAUCUGCUGUCGCCUACUGUCUGUAAGCUAGACGGGCGCGUGUCUUUUGGUUAUAAUGAAUAGUAUUUUUUGUCCAAGCCAUUGGAUACUGCAGUCAGUUCAAUGUCAAGAUGGUUCGUCGUUUCUAAAACGUGCCAGCACCGAUAAACUCCGCGAAGUCUUCCUCAGAUACGCUUCGAUACAAAAGGAUGGAGAUCACUACAUGACCAGUGAAGAUUUUGUUCGCAAAUUUCUUGGACUCUUUACCGAUGCUACAUUCAAUGAUGAAUCUGUGCGUCUACUAGCCAGCAUAGCGGACACCAGCAAAGAUGGGCUGAUCUCAUUUGCCGAAUUCCAAGCCUUUGAAGGCCUGCUCUGUACUCCAGACGCCCUCUACAAAACUGCUUUUCAACUAUUCGAUCGCAAAGGCAACGGCACUGUUCAUUAUGCCGAUUUCGUCGAUAUCGUACAAAAAACCGAAUUGCACUCAAAGAUACCUUUCAAUUUAGAUAGUUCCUUCAUUAAGCGGUAUUUCGGUGAAAAAAAAGAACGCACCAUAAAUUAUGUGGAAUUCACACAAUUACUCCAUGAUUUCCAUGAGGAAUAUGCGAUGGAAGCAUUCCGUAGUAAGGAUCCAGCUGGUUCUGGAUACAUCUCACCCUUAGAUUUUCAAGACGUUAUUGUUAAAGUGAAAAGGCAUUUACUCACACCCGUUGUCAAGGAUAAUCUAAUAGCGGUCACCGAAGGUCACAAAGUGAGCUUUCCCUAUUUCAUCGCAUUUACUUCGCUGCUCAAUAAUAUGGAAUUGAUUAAACGGAUAUAUUUGCACGCCACUCAAGGCAAUCGCAACGAGCCCGUGACAAAGGAUGAGCUACUUUACGCCGCACAAACAAUGAGUCAAAUAACGCCAUUGGAAAUUGAUAUACUCUUUCAAUUAACCGGCGCACUGCAUCAAACCGGACGCAUCGUCUACAACGAUCUGAACAAUAUUUCUCCCGAGCAUUACACAAAGCAUAUCACAACACGUCUGGCCGAGAUUAAGGCCGUCGAGAGUCCGGCAGAUCGUUCGGCGCUCAUACAGAUUUUGGAGAGCUCCUACCGUUUCACGCUGGGCUCGUUAGCAGGCGCUGUUGGCGCCACCGUGGUUUAUCCCAUUGAUUUGGUAAAGACACGCAUGCAAAAUCAACGCACAGGCUCAUUUAUUGGAGAAAUCGCAUACAGAAACUCUUGGGAUUGUUUUAAGAAGGUCAUACGUCACGAGGGCGUACUCGGUUUGUAUCGCGGCUUACUGCCCCAGCUGAUGGGUGUGGCACCCGAGAAAGCAAUCAAACUUACCGUAAACGAUUUUGUGAGAGACAAAUUUACCGAUAAACAGGGUGUGAUAGCCAUGUGGUCCGAGGUUAUGGCUGGCGCUUGUGCCGGCGCAUCACAAGUGGUCUUCACCAAUCCUUUGGAAAUCGUAAAAAUUCGCUUACAAGUUGCUGGUGAAAUUGCGGGCGGAGCUAAAGUACGUGCCUUAUCUGUUGUUCGUGAUCUGGGUUUGUUUGGCUUGUAUAAAGGUGCACGGGCCUGUUUGCUGCGUGAUGUGCCAUUCUCUGCCAUCUAUUUCCCUGCUUAUGCGCACACAAAAUCGCUCUUCGCUGAUGAAGACGGCUACAACCAUCCGCUAACCUUGCUGGCAGCUGGUGCUAUUGCUGGUGUGCCCGCUGCCUCGCUCGUAACACCUGCGGAUGUGAUCAAAACUCGUCUGCAGGUUGUUGCUCGCUCAGGUCAGACAACGUACUCGGGUGUGUGGGAUGCUACCAAGAAGAUCAUGGCGGAAGAGGGACCACGUGCCUUCUGGAAGGGAACUGCCGCUCGUGUCUUCCGUUCUUCGCCACAAUUCGGUGUCACUUUGGUCACUUAUGAAUUGCUGCAACGACUCUUCUAUGUUGACUUCGGCGGCUCACAUCCAACUGGUUCGGUGGUGACGAAGCCAAAAGCCAUAGACGAAACAACGCUGAAAUUCAGUCCCGACCACAUAGGCGGCUACCGUGCCGCUGUGCCGUUACUCAACGGUAUCGAAUCGAAAUUCGGUCUCUAUCUGCCACGUUUCGGCCGCGGAACGACAACCACCACAAAAACAGGUUCAUGAUAAAAUCAUGUCUGUGGCACAAACCGAUUGCUGGUCGAUAGCUGAGCUGCUCUCAAAUAAGUCUAUUGUUAAAUAAAUUUUAAUUAAUAAAUAUUUAUAAACAAAUGUUGUUAGCAAUUAUUAAAACUGAUAAAUAUGCAAAUAAAUUUAUUAUACGCAAA